AUGUCUGUUCACGAGAGCCCAUGGCGUUCGCGGCGUUCAAACUUAUCGGUAGGCAGUUUGUUUGGCCAGCAUGCUGUCGUGCUCAUCACAAGCCCGUCCCCACCAGCUCCUCCUGCGCCUCCUGCGCCCCCUGUGCUUCCCUCGGGCGUGGUCGACUGGCGCAACAACCCUCCGUUGGACCCUGUCAUGAACGAGGGGUUUUCCCAACCUGCCGCCGCUUGGGAUGAGGACAUGGCGGGUGAUGAUGAGGUGAACCACGACGUCGGCAAUUUCCCGAUCCCGUCGUUUCCGGAGGAUCUCAUGCACGACGAGAACGGUCCGCAGUCCAGAGUCGACGGUGUGCCAUCGAGUCCCCGCGCUCGCACAAGUAAACACAGUCGCAAGGCCCGUACGAUGGGUGAGAAACAAGAUUGGCUCGCGCGGAUGGAGGCGGAGAAACUAUCCGUCCGCCUCACGGCACGUCUCGCGGGGGUGCAACCGGUCAGUGUCCGCCGGUGGAUUCGGGUGGCGGAUCGGAUUACAAACGCGGAGCGCUCCAGGCGGCGCCUCAGCGGUGGCGGGAGGAAGGCUAAGUACCCCGACAUGGAGGCGCACACCUACAAACGCAUGCUCAACUUCCGUGGCCGUGGCUUGGCCGUGCCGAUUCGCCUCAUCAAGCACUGGAGCAGGGUCUACAUGAAGGCCCACUACCCGGACGUGAGGUGGAUGGCGUCCAACAGGUGGUCGUACCGCUUCCGCGCGCGCCUGGGACUCUCCAUCCGCGUGGCAGAGGACGUGCACGUCGCACCUGAAGUGGAGGAGUGGGUGAACCCCCUGUACGCAACCGCCGCAGAUGACGAGGAGGCGGCAAAGGUGGCGGAUGCCGAGGAUGCCGGGGACCUCCCUGAGGAGGAGGAGGAGGAGGAGGAGGAGGAGGAGGAGGAGGAGGAGGAGGAGGAGGAGGAGGAUGAGGAGGAUGAGGAGGAGGACGCAGAGGAGGAAGAUGACGAGGAGGAGGCAUGGGAUGAGGAGGAGGCAGGGGACGAGGAGGAGGAGGAGGAUGAGGAGGAAGGUGGGCUGGAGGAGAAUGCGGAUGAUGAGUGA